AAAAAAAAAAAAAAAAAAAAAAAUUUCGAUCUCACAUGGCCACACCGUCCACCGAACAACAAUGCAACCAAAACGAUAUCUCACACAAAAAGACUCAGAUACGCUCAGAUUGCCGACAUCCGACCUAAAAUGCGACCCAAAGGCGAAAUCCCAGCUUCUUGGACGAAGAAUGCACCUAAUUCGCACCGUUCCAUUCGAUCCAGUUUUCUAGAAAACGUCGAGAACGGGCAUCGAAAGCGGUCGGGCGAGUCACGGAUGGAGCCACACCCCCAUCAGAGCUGCGGCGACCCCAAUCCGGUGGCGAUUAUUUCCACUUCGCUCGCCCGUUUAUGUCGACAGCCUCACUGUUGGUUGGCUGGGAUCCGUUGCGGGAUAAUAUCCAUGGCAUGAGGCAUUUACGUAGUUCGUUCGAAGAUACAGCUGGACGUAUUUGCUGUCCGCGACGUCAGGAAGGUUCUUGGCUUAUUCUUCGAAUUUCUAGAAUGAGUCGGGUUUGCCUCUUGAAAAUUUUAUCUGUCGAUUUCGAGGGUUCCCAAAAAAAAUUCUUUGUGUGGGUGAGGUUUUCUUGACACCCGUUACAGCCAACCCAUGGGACAUCGACGACACUGUCAAAGAGGACAAAUCAAAAACUUUACCCACCCUCUUUCCACGUCUCUCAAUCACAUCCACCUGAUUUAUUAUCAACGGUACUGGGUCAGGGUCAGGAAUUCCCGAAGCCAUAGAAUUGAGUCUCGAUAGAGGAGCUCAACCACGGGUCUUCUGUGGGGUCUUUUGUUCACUCCAACACCACUCGAAUCCUUGACUAAAUCUUGUAUGUUUCUACUCCACCCCCACUGGCAUAACCAAACAACUAUUAGGAUGGAAUCUACUCUACGAGUGUAAUUCUCAUCUUGGAGCAAUUGGGUUCAGCCCUGCCAACUGUCAUUGUGUAGACUUUUUUUUUUUUUUCUU